AUGUACAAGUCGCUGACUUCAGCGACGACAAUCCGGGUUCUGCACAUCCAUCCUGCCCCCGAAACGGAUCCUCUCACGUGCAGCCUGGAAGAUUGCGACCUCGACAACGAUCCGGAGUACGAGGCCAUCUCGUACGUUUGGGGCAACUCGGAUUUGUCCUGUUCGCUCACCUGCGAUUCCAAGGUCAUCGCAGUGACUUGCAGUCUGCACGAGGCUCUCCUACGCAUCCGGUUACCGGAGCGGCAUCGAACAGUAUGGAUCGAUGGACUGUGUAUCAAUCAAAUUGACGAUGUUGAGAAGUCGCAUCAGGUGCAGCUUAUGCAACGCGUCUUCCGCAAUGCGCAUAGAGUCCUCGUGUGGCUAGGCCCUGAUGUAUAUGGCUUCGGCCCUGGGAAUGAUCAUGGCUACGCCCGGGACGCGUUCGAUAUUUGUUCAACGCUGGGCCAGCGUGACAUCGACUCUAAAGACCUCGAGGCUACGUUGAGAAGAAUGGAUCAGUACACGGGCGUUAAUGCUGUGAAGUGGGGCUGCCUCCGCGCCUUGAGUAAUCAGCCAUGGUGGGGGCGUGUUUGGAUCAUACAGGAAUUCGCACUCGCAAAGGAUUUACUCUUCUUAUGGGGCGCGGAGGAAAUUCAAUGGACACAUAUCAACCUGGCUAUCAGCAACCUCCAGAAGUCAGACGUAAUACGGUACUAUACGCUACUCCAGUCUACGACUCUCGAACCCAUAUCCCGGUUGUCUGCAAUCAAGGAUCAACGCUGCUACGCGACGAGUUUUAUGGGAACGAUCCAUACAGCCAGGGCAUUUGGAUGCUCAGACAAUCGCGAUCGGAUCUUCGCUAUCUUGGGACUAGAAUGUGGUGAUGACCGUUGGGAAGCAGCAGACCCCGCUGGACAAUCGCUAGCUAAAGCUACCAUACCGGACUAUACUUUACCUGCAGAGCACGUCUAUCGGCAAUUUGCUAUCCGGGCCCUGCAGCGGGGUUUGACGGAAGACAUCUUCUUAGCAGUUCAGCACGAGGAGCAGCUAGAACAGUGGCAGCCAGGCGAUAUGCCAUCGUGGUCACCACGUUGGGACCUUCCUCUCGUCAACAACUUUCCAUCCUGCCACAGACUGCAUGAAAUUUGCAAGUUUCACAGUCUCUCCGUAGAGAACGGCAUCUCUUUCACAGGAUCUACUCCUAAGCCAAUGUCUGCACUGCAAUCAAAUUUCGACCCGCUCGCUGCUGACACUCUUAACGUGCUGAGCGCUACCUUAGACAAGAUCGUCGCUCUCUCGGAGCCUAUACACUUCCUGCAAUUUAUGUACCGUAGGAACCGCCCCAACCUCUUAGAAAGCUUCUGGGAACAGCAUAUCAGACCUCGAGAAGCGACAAACGGAUAUAAGGCCGUCAUGACAGACUUAUGUGAGAACGCUACCUACUACAUGACUUCCGAAAACCACGUCAGUGUUUUCUAUGCGGUCAUUCAACAGUAUGCGGAAAAAUCUCCAGAGGCGAUAGCGGAUUAUGCGAAACAUGGAGAGCAUGCCAUGCUGAGGUCCGUAGCGCAGUUGCUGUUGGAGACGAGCGAAAUUGCAUCUGUACAAGAUCCAUCCCUGCUAGACAAAGAGUUCAGUUACAUUACCCAUCGUCUGAGGUUCUUUAUUACCCAGCGGGGCUGCAUUGGAAGAUGUCCAGCCGCCGUUCGGCCUGGUGAUCACGUCGCCCUAUUGUGGAACACCGCUUGUCCUGUGAUCCUGCGUCCACAGGAUGGCUUUUAUCGUAUCGUUGGCGGUUCAUACAUGGCAGCCUUGAACAGGAAAAGGACGGAAGGCGUUUCUCACCCACUAGACGAUCUAUUGUCGGGAAAAUCGAGGCCAGGAAUGAUUCAGAUCCGUUGA